AUGGUCACUGCUGCUGAACUCAUGGUGCAUAAACGAAGGGCAACGAAGUUUUAUAACAAGAAGAGCGUGCAAGAACUGAACAAAAUUUACCCAAAAGUUAGUGGAAUAGUAUCUGACUAUAUGCAAAAUUUGCCCCUGCCCUUAAUGCCUGUGCAGGAGAUGUUUCACCUGAGAAAACUAUGUUAUUAUGUGUUCAAUAUUCAAGACUUCAAAACUGUAAUGUCUAUAUUUUAUAACUAUCCGGAAGGAGAAUGCAAGAAAGGGCCUAAGGAGGUUUGCACUUUUAUACUAGAUUUUAUUGAAAAGUCUGUUUCAAAGAAAGUAGAAAUUCUUCAUGUUUUUUGUGAUGCGUAUGGUGGAACCUGUACGCCUCCUACUGGAUCAAUUAUUAAAGUACCUUUUACUAUUAGAAAGUACAUACAUACUGUCUUCAAACAGGCAGAGAGAGGAUAUGUACAGUAUGGUAAAUACAUAGACAGUUUUUGUGUCAACACAUUUAAAUUGAGUAAGGUUGACGACGUGCCUCUACCUAGUAUAAGGGCAUAUAUAGAAAGAGUACCAAUAAAAAUGAACAAGAUUGAAAACACUUUAAAAAUUUUGCAAUACAUACCUGAAGACUUUCUUCCAUUCUUCGAAGAAAAACUCACCUGGCUCACUGCAGAAGGUGACGGUGAUGGUGACGAGGAAUAUUGA